CGGGAAGGUGGGAUCAGGAUUCUGACGCAGUGUUUUCGAGGCGUCGCUGCAGCCUCACACUCAGAGAGGAGACCUACAACUGCAGUCUGCGAACACAGGCGGAGGCACGCACUGAGGCGGGGUGGUGCGCGGAAUGUGUGUUGUUUGACUCGAAUCAAUCAGAUCUAAAUUAGAUAGUGUUGAUGUCGUGGUACCGGAGGACCCGCUGGCGGUGCCAGGCAACCCGCUUUGCUUUCAGACCGGACCGUUUGGACUUAUAAAAUCGACCCAUUAAUUGCGUGUUGACUUUGUGACGGCUAUGGUGCGGAUCGCGCGAAUUGGCGAGCCAAGGAAGCAGAGCACCAUGCUGCCAGGAUAAUAGAUGCUUUCCCUCAAUGAAAAGGAGGAGGUGGGGUCUCUCUGCGAAACCAUGGCUGGAAGGGACAGCAAUCUGAAAACAGCCAGGUUGUGGAGGGACGCGGCCGUACGCUCCAGGAAGCUGCGCAGUAACCUGCGGCAGCUCACCCUGAGCGCCAAAAACUGCCAGAAGAUCACUCUCCCCGAGAACAUCAGGGAGAUCGAGGUCCUCAACCUGGGCAACAAUUCCCUCCAAGAGCUGCCAGAGGGGCUGGGCGCCGCCCUCACCAACCUGCGCAUCCUCGUCCUCCGCCGGAACAAGUUCCCCGCCGUGCCCUCAGCCGUGUUCGAGCUGGGCCAGCUGACGGAGCUCGACCUCAGCCACAACUGCCUGGGCUACUUCUCCGAGGACAUAGGCCUCCUGAGGGGGCUGAAGAAGCUGUGUCUCAGCCACAACAAGAUCCAGUACCUGCCGUCGCAGAUUGGCACGCUGCAGGGCCUGGAGGAGCUGGACAUCAGCUUCAACGAGCUGCGGGACUUCCCCAGGUCCUUCUCCCAGCUCAGCAGGCUGCGCACGCUGGACGUGGACCACAACAAGCUGGACUACUUCCCCCUGGAGAUGCUGGCGCUUGGCGACCUUGAGGAGCUAGACUGUUCCGGAAACAGAUUCGAGGUUCUGCCGAGCGACAUCCGGAAGCUGCGGUCCAUUAAGAUCCUGUGGUUGAGCGGCACGCUGAUCUCCUCGCUGCCCGACUCCUUCUGUGACCUCAGCAACCUGGAGAGCCUGAUGCUGGAUAGUAACAACCUGACAGCCCUGCCACCGUCCUUCGGCAAGAUGCAGAGGCUGAAGAUGCUCAACCUCUCCUCCAACGCCUUUGCGGAAUUCCCCCUCGUCAUCUUCCAGAUUGCGGGCCUGGAAGAGCUGUAUCUGAGCAGGAAUAAACUUACGCUGGUCCCGGAGCAGAUCGGCCAGCUGUGUAAGCUUGCUAAUUUAUGGCUGGACAAUAACAGAAUUACAUAUCUGCCUGACUCGAUUGUAGAAUUGGAGAAGCUGGAGGAGCUUGUUUUACAGGGUAACCAAAUUGCGAUACUUCCUGACAACUUUGGAAAGCUGGCCAGAGUUAACAUCUGGAAAGUAAAGGACAACCCCCUCAUACAGCCUCCGUAUGAGGUUUGCAUGAAAGGCAUCCCGUACAUAGCUGCCUAUCAGAAAGAGCUGGCGCAUUCGCAGCCGGCUGUGAAGCCCCGGCUAAAACUGGUGCUGAUGGGACAGAAGAAUGCCGGGAAAACCGGGCUGAGGCGGUGCGUCGUCGGAAAACCGCAGGACACCCAGGUCCCCCUUGGGAAUCAGGGGAUCGAUGUGACUAACUGGGUAGCAGACGCCGACCGGAGUCUGACGUUUACUGUCUACGAUCUCUCUGGGAGGCCGAACUUUGACCUAAUAAAGCCCUUCUUCCUGUCCCCCGGGGCCCUGUACAUCCUGGUGGUGAACUUAAAGACGUACACGCCAAAAACAUUUUACGCCCACGUCGGGUAUUUCCUCCACCUCCUGGGCGCCAAGGUGCCCCACGCGGUGGUGUGCCUCGUGGGCACGCACGCCGACCUGUGCGAGGAGGCGGAGGUGGAGGAGAAGAGCCUGGACAUCCACCGGCAGAUCGCUCUGCAGGAGCGGAGGGACAGGGAGGCCCUGCAGGCCGUGGCCGGCCAGGUGGACCAGGCGCUGGAACAGGGCUACGACGUCCGCGCCGCCAGCCCGCACGUCCUCUUCUACGGCGUCUCCGACAAGAACCUGCGGCGCAGGAAGUCACAGCUGCAGUACCUGCUCAACCACCGGCUGCAGAUCCUGUCGCCGGUGCUCUGCGUCAGCUGCGUGGGGGCCUGCCGGAACGUCCGGCGGCUGAGGGAGAAGCUGACGUCGGUGGCCGACCACCGGGAGAUAUUCCCCAACCUGCACCGCGUGCUGCCCCGGUCCUGGCAGGCGCUGGAGGAGCUGCACUUUAAGCCCCGGGAGCUGUGGCUCUCCUGGUGGGACUCGGCCCGGCUGGGGCUGCAGGCGGGCCUGACGGAGGACCGGCUCCAGAGCGCCCUGUCCUACCUGCACGAGAGCGGCAAGCUGCUCUACUUCGAGGACAGCCCCACCCUCAAGGAGUACGUCUUCCACAACCUGCCGCGCUUCAUCGCCAUCCUCAACGUCUUCUUCCAGAGGGACUCGGCGGCGCUGCUGGAGAAGCUGCAGGGGGCCGGCGCCGGCGCUGGUGGCGGUGGCGGUGGUGGGGGGGACAAGGCCAGGGCCAGCCAGCUCCAGCACCACGUGGAGGGCUUCCUGCUCCACGGCCUGCUCCCCUCCCACGUCAUCCGCCUCCUCCUCAGCCCCCUCAUCCAGACUCAGCAGGACCUGCACCUCAUCCUGGAGCUGCUGGAGAAGAUGGGCGUCUGCUACUGCGUCAACAGGCCGCGGGGGAAGCCCCUCAACGGCGCCACCCUCUGGUACAAGUUCCCCAGCUACGUCAGCAACGAAGAGCCGCACGCCGAGGCCUGGGUGAACGGCGGCUCGGCGCUGACGGGGCAGCUGUUCUCCGUGGAGCAGCUGCAGAUCGAGUACUGCUUCCCUUUCCUGUUCCCCCCCGGCCUGUUCGCCCGCUACAGCGUGCAGAUCAACAGCCACGUGGUGCAGCGCGCCGACGGGAAGCACCAGAUCUUCGCCUACCGGGGCAAGGUGCCGGUGGUGGUCAGCUACCGGCCGUCCCGGAGCAGGCUGCAGGCCGAGACCCUGUCCAUCGCUAGCCACGCCUCUUUGCCAAAUAUCUGGACUGCUUGGCAAGCCAUAACGCCCCUGGUGGAGGAGCUGAACGUGCUCCUGCAGGAGUGGCCAGGGCUCCAUUAUUCUGUACACGUCCUGUGCUCCAAGUGCCUGAAGAGAGGGUCGCCCAACCCCCACACCUUUCCAGGUGAGCUCCUCAGCCAGCCCCGGCCAGAGGGAAUGACCGAGAUCAUCUGCCCAAAGAACGGCUCGGAGCGGGUCAACGUAGCCCUGGUGUACCCUCCCACCCCCACUGUGGUCAGCCCCUGCCUAAAAUGAGACCCCACGCCCCACACCACAGUGCCCUGGCCCCACCCAGCCCUGCCCACCACUCAGCACGCCCCCACACCACCUCUGUCCACUUCUGCCUCAUCACCCAGUCUCUGCACAGCGCCCCCUGCUGGCUUGCCUUCCCUCAUGAGGGCAGAGUCAGACAGCCUGAGCAGAUGGGUUCACCUGGCUCGGCUGCUUGUUUAAACUGUCGCAGGAAACAGCAGCUUUGGAAACCUGUUGGGUCCAGAAGCAGUUAACACAGUGUGAUGCUGGCCAGGACUUUCACAGACACUCACAUAUUUUACCCCGCAGUCACCCCCUCGCCGUCUGCUUCCGUCCUCCAGCGCAAUGUCCGUCCGUCCGUCCAUCCAAUCCGUCCACCCUCCGGGGGUGAAGGAAGAAGUGGAGAAGGGGAGGGGAGGAAUGAGCAGGUCCAGGCCUGUAUUUCCAGCCAGGAUGAGCCAAAAAUGCACUGAAUAAAAUUCAAAAGCAAAACGCCUCCCAUAUAAAUGUAUCUAUGGAUUGCGAUCAAUUCAAUUCAAUUUAACUUUAUUUCAGACACAUAGGUCCAUAUCAGUAAGAAAAAUAAUAAAAUAAAAGUUAUACCACAUAAAAAAGACGGAAACAUAUAAUACAUACAAAAUACAUAAAUGAAAAUGCAUAUUUCAAAUGGAUGUUAAGCACUCUUCAGAUACAUUUGAAAUGCUGCCCAUCCCCGGUUUCCAGUUCCAUGGCCUUUCAGGUGUGGGAGAAUGUUAGGGGUGAGGGCCUUCUUUAUUACCCACAAUGCUGCUGGGCUACUGGGCCUGUCCGAAUGAGAGCAAGUGGCUAGGGGCAGGGAGUAAGAGGGGGGUGGGGGAUGGGGGGGCAUGACAUGGGGUGUAAACUAAUCAGGCAGCAGCAAUGGAACUGUCACCCAGGCAACAUGGGCCUUGUCUCAGCAGUGCAACAUGGACGUGGGGCUCCAGGGGUCAAAGUGCAUGGGGUCACUGGCCUGACCCAUAGUAGAGCCCAAAGGUCAGCGCCAUCAGGAAUCUGCAUGGGCAUCUAAUGCCGGCGUCGGGCCUUGGUCUGAUUUAUGGGUUCAUUUAAGGGGUGGAAGAGUUCCACAGAUAUGCGGAUUUCUGUGUUUCAGAGCCAACUGGUUUUGAGAUUAUAUGACCAUGCACAAUAAAAGAAGAACCUAUUUGACUGACCACCCACCCAGCCAAUACGAGUUUUAAUAAGCACUUACCUUGUGUGGAGGGUAAAAUUUUGUGUGCCCCCCAAAAAUUAAAAACUUGCACAAAUCUUGUAGUCAGUACCAGUAAGCUCUGAAACAUGGAAGCAGGCACAUUGGCGGGACUCUGAUCCCAGCUCCCCACACUUCUUGACACGCAAAGCACUUGCAGUUUUUCUCAGGAGUUUCUGGGAGUUGGCACUGUAAAUCACACACCUCUGAAAUCCAGCCUGGGGGGUGGGGGGCGGAGCUGUACCUAGGUAAGGAGCUGCCACUCUUCUUAUACCCCCCGGAAUUGUUGACGAUUGCCCAAGAAACCAGGUCAGGUGAUUUCACCUCUGUUGGCAACUUCUUGAAUGGGCCAAUGGAGUGCUGAGUGAUAAUGGACAUCAGCACCACCCUGCAGCUCAACUGUGGACAAAAGGAAAAGUCUUCUUGGAUCUGCUAAAGCUAAUGUUUCCGUCACUUACUGAAUACAUGGGAUGUGGUAACCCAAAUUGCAGGUUACAAUCUAGUGCUACAUCAGCCCAAAAAAAAAACUGGGAUUCUACAGAGUGUUGAAAGGAUUUGUGCAUAUAGUAUAUCAUGAUUCCUUUGCAUGUGCCAUUUUUGCUUUGCGUGUCAAGAAACCGAGGGGCUGGCUAAAGGGGCAAAGUUAAUACUUUUCUGAAAUGGAGCAAGAGGCAUAUAAGCCAAGUGACCGUGCCACAUUUGAAAUGUGAAUUUUUGCUGUGUAGUGUAGCCAAUCUCUGACCAAACUUUAGAAAGCAUUCUGUGUGAAGUGUGUGAUCUGUUUCUCAUCCCAAGGGGAAAGCUCAAUGGCUGGUCUUAAAGGUCAUCCAAAAAUGUAUCUCGGGGGUGCAAAAUGGACAGAAAGAAGACUGGGAAGAAUCAUGAAAAGAGGGAGAAAACAACUUUUUGGACAUUUUGUUUCGGACAUUUUUCUCCCCACGGCGUUCUUCAACCGGUCACUUGUGCGUUUUGCCACCUCCUUCGUUUUCAUCGUCCGGAGAUGUGGACGUCUUAAUGUAAUUAAAAAAUAGAUACCACGAAACAUAUGUAAAAUGUUUAAGAAAAACACAGUUGAUACACUUUUUGUAUAUAAUAUCUUUAUUUUUGUAAAAGGACUCGAGUAGUCGUCAGCCUCGUUCAGCAUUAUUUACAGUGCAAUGUUCAGCAUGGGCUCUAAUCAGGGAGAGAACGUGCAGAGCUGUAUGUACGUAUAGCUGCUCAAACCAUCUCGCAUCGUGAUCAUGAAAAGCACCAAAUCCUAAUAAACCGGUAUAUGACUUUCAGUACUCUC